GACAUAUCUCAUCAUCAUACAUAACCUCAAAAAUAUCUAAAAAUGUACGAAGAUUGAAAAUGAAGAAAUGUUUAAACAAAUGAUAAAUGUCUGCACCCCGAUACGAAAUGCAGUUGGAUAUGCCUUCAAAAAUGAUCCCAAGUUACACAAGAAGCUCUUCAGCCAAUGCUCCAAACUGAAGAGACAGAAGAUCACCAAGACUAUACAUCAAGAAUAUUCAGCAGUUUGUGCGUUGCUGCAACGUUCAGGAUUAGACAAUGUUGCACAACUAUACAGAAGCUUCCAUUCUACUCCCCAGAACAAUCAGGAACCCUUCAAAGACCCAGGACCAAAUCCCAAUGGAUCCCGAAAACCAGACGACGAUGACAAAGACAAGAUAUCUUCUCUAUUGGCCAAAGCCUUUCUUUGGAUGCUCACUGCCUAUAUGGUCAUAGCAAUAAUAUCUCUCAUGUUCCCAAGCAGCAAUCAACCAGAGGUUGUUAGGUAUGUCUCUUGGAACGAAUUUUUAUAUCAAAUGCUAGCAAAAGGUGAAGUAGAACAAAUUAUCAUCAGACCUGAUAUUGAUAUUGUCACAAUAAUUUUAUAUGAUGGUGCUGUUAUCAAGGGUAAAAGGGUAGAAAAUAGGACCUUCCAUAUGAAUGUAGUUGAUGUAAAUAAAUUUGAAGAUAAGUUGAGAGAAGCAGAAAGACGUUUGGGUAUACAAGAUGGUGUUCCCAUCAUUUUUGAAAGAAGUACAGAUACUGCCGGAAAAUUGCUUGUUUCCCUUUUAGUGGUUGCAUUGCUCAUCUCAUUGUUAGCUAGAAGCAAGAGCAUCAGACCCCCAAUCAGUAUGGAUUCAUUUACCCAAUUGGGUCGGGCCAAAUUCACAUUGGUAGACCCGCUAGUGGGCCCCGGCAAGGGGGUCCAUUUCGCUGAUGUGGCUGGCCUACGGGAGGCCAAACUUGAGGUUAUGGAGUUUGUCGAUUACCUCAAACGACCCGAACACUAUAAAAGCCUGGGCGCUAAAGUACCCAAAGGGGCUCUCCUACUAGGCCCACCCGGUUGCGGUAAAACCAUGCUGGCAAAGGCGGUUGCCACCGAAUCCAACGUCCCGUUUCUGAGCAUGAACGGAUCAGAAUUCAUCGAAAUGAUCGGUGGUUUGGGGGCAGCUAGAGUCAGAGAUUUGUUUAAGGAGGCUAGGAAAAGAGCUCCAUGUAUAAUAUACAUCGAUGAAAUCGAUGCUGUGGGUCGGAAAAGGACCAGCAGUUUGGGAGCAGGUGGCGCCAGUGGAGAGAGUGAGCAAACGCUGAACCAGUUGCUGGUGGAAAUGGACGGUAUGGCUACCAAAGAGAGCGUUAUUAUGCUGGCUUCAACGAACAGAGCAGAUAUUUUAGAUAAAGCCUUGUUGCGGCCUGGAAGGUUCGACAGACACAUACUAAUCGACUACCCCGACCUCGUCGAGCGCAAGCAAAUAUUCGAGCAGCACUUGAAGGCGAUCGCGCUCGAGCAAACUCCCGACGCGUACUCGAAACGGCUAGCCUACCUGACGCCGGGUUUCAGCGGCGCCGAUAUUGCGAACGUUUGCAACGAGGCGGCGCUGCACGCUGCCCGAGUGAAGAAGAGCAAGGUGAACAAGGAGGAUUUGGAGUAUGCCGUCGAGAGAUUAGUGGGUGGUACUGAGAAGAGGAACCAUUCUAUGUCGCCCCAGGAAAAACGCGUCGUGGCCUACCACGAAUCUGGGCACGCGUUAGUCGGUUGGAUGUUGCAGCACACCGACGCCCUUUUGAAGGUCACCAUAGUGCCGAGGACGAGCCUGGCCCUGGGGUUCGCCCAGUACAUACCGAGGGAUCAGAAGCUGUAUACCAAAGAGGAGUUAUUCGACAGGAUGUGCAUGACUUUGGGCGGCCGAGUGGCCGAAUCGUUGACCUUCAACAAGGUCACCACGGGGGCGCAAAACGACCUCGAGAAGGUCACCAAGAUGGCGUACGCGCAAGUCAAAGAGUUCGGCAUGAACGACAACGUCGGUUUGCUCAGUUUCCCCGAAAGGGAGGAAAAAGAGUUGGGCAAAAGGCCCUACAGCAAACAAUUGGCCAACGUCAUCGAUGCAGAGGUUAGGACUCUUGUAGCACAGGCAUAUAAACAUACUGAAAAGGUAUUGUUGGAACAUAAGAAAAACUUGGAAACGUUGGCUGAAACUUUGAUUGUGAAAGAAACGUUGAACUACGAUGACGUUGAGAAUCUGUUAGGCCCACCUCCGUUUGGAAAGAAGAGUCUGAUAGACCCUGCAGAAUUUGAGGAGAACAUCAGAAAAGAUUCUGGGGAUUACCGAGAUACUAAAGCAGAGGCCAACGCCUCAACGCCAAAAGCUACUUGAAAUAGUCUGAAAUCACUAGUAUUUUUCGAUAAUUGUUAGUAAUAAACUGAUAAAGUUUCAUUAGACAAGAUGUUUUAUUGCUUGGCCUCGUUCCAUAGUCACAAACAUAAACGGAGUAAAUUUUAAUAUUACUAUGAAAUUUUGUGUUCCACAAGGAACGGUUCCUGGCCCGCUUCCAUUUUCUAUGUAUAAAUUCAAGGUAUAUGCGUGAUAACGUUUGAAAUCA